AUGAUAUUGAAAGGUGCGUGCUUUAAUCCACGAAGGAAUCUAUUCGUCUCAUUGAAACAAUUAACAAAUUUAAAGGAAUAUCAGGAGAAACGUAUUGUUGGGUACACUGCGGAAGAGAUGUUUGACAUUGCGGCAAAUGUAUCCGAAUAUCCCGAAUUUGUGCCGUGGUGUCAAAGUGCUAGUGUUAAAGCAAAUAUUACCAUUGAUCUGAAUAAGGCGAGAUACAUUCAUGGCUUGCAACACAGUUCAUCUCGCCAUAUUAAUCAUUUACUUUAUUUUCUGUUUCAAAGGCUGACAUAUUUACAGAAACAUUCACCAAAUUUGUUCACUGCUCAGCUCCAGAUUGGUUUUCCACCUGUUUGUGAAACGUAUACUUCUCGAAUUUCAACCACAAAACCAAGCAUGGUCCGGGUAAGUUAUUGA